AUUUCAUGACGUCACACAUUUUCUGUCUCUGAGAAAAAAGGAAGAACAUCAAGGGUGGAAACCGAUUUUCUAGACGCUGUUUGGGCCUGCCCUUCCACCCAUAUUGUCUCUAUGUAAAUAAUGUCCGAUUUAUCAGACUCUGGAGUUCAAGAGACCAAUAUGGAAACCUGUAGUUUACCAGAUGAUACUGACAGAAAGAUUGACACGACACAACUGCCUCCGUCCAUUGUGAACAAAGAGCUGAUGGAGUCAGAGGAGUUCCUGCGUGACCGCGACGCCUGCACCAAAUACUUCAACAAGUGGUGCGAGGGACAGCAAGUGCUCUUUGUGGAACAUUUACUUUCACUCAUGUGCCAUUAUCAGCACGGCCAGAUCAAUGCCUUCCUCAAGCCCAUGCUACAGAGAGACUUUAUCUCAGCCCUACCAGGAAGUACAGAACAUAACCCGAAUUUGCCAUCACAGUUCAGUGACAUGAGGAACAGUGACAUGAGGAACAGUGACAUGAGGAACAGUGACAUGAGGAACAGUGACAUGAGGAACAGUGAUAUGAGGAACAGUUCAUUCAGUGACAUGAGGAACAGUGACAUGAGGAACGGUGACAUGAGGAACAGUGACAUGGGGAACAGUGACAUGGGGAACAGUGACACAGGGAACAGUGACAUGAGGAACAGUGACAUGAGGAACAGUGACAUGAGGAACAGUGGCAUGGGGAACAGUGACAUGAGGAACAGUUACAUGAGGAACAGUUCAUGGGACAUCCACUAUUUUGACGUGUGUGUUAUGUGUGUUGUGUGCUGGGUGUGGGACAUCCACUAUUUUGACGUGUGUGUUAUGUGUGUUGUGUGCUGGGUGUGGGACAUCCACUAUUUUGACGUGUGUGUUAUGUGUGUUGUGUGCAGGGUGUGGGACAUCCACAGUGGGGAGAUGAUGAACACAUUGAUCCACCACUGUGAGGCCGUGCUACAUCUGCGCUUCUGUGAUGGCAUCAUGGUCACAUGCUCAAAGGUAAGUGUUGUUGUGUGUCUUUGUGUUGUUGUGUGUUGUGGUGUGUCUUUGUGUUGUUGUCAAACAAUUUGUGUGUGUGUCAUGUAUGUGUCAUUUGUGUGUUUUCUCAGGUGUGGAACACGUCUACCUGUGAGUUUGUGUGUGUGUCAUGCAUGUGUCUCUUGUGUGUUUUCUCAGGUGUGGAACACGUCUACCUGUGAGUUUGUGCGCACGCUGAACGGACACAAGCGCGGCAUUGCCUGCCUACAGUACCGGGAGAGACUGGUGGUCAGUGGCAGCUCGGACAACACUAUCAGAGGUCCGUCGUUGAGAGCACAAUGUCCAUACCAUACGACAAACGACGUCCACAUCACAGGCACUAACUCUAACAUUGUCUGUGGAACACUCUGGCCGUGUAUCUCGCCUCCACUAACCCCCCCUCUCCCCCUCUCUCCCCCCCAGGAACACUCUGGCCGUGUAUUUCGCCUCCAGUUUGACGAGUUCCAGAUAGUGAGCAGCUCCCACGACGACACCAUCCUUGUCUUUGACUUCCUCAACGUGCCCGUGCCAGAGUCGCAGAGUCAGCACUCACCCUCGCGGGGGUACACCUACGUCACUAAGUGAUGGGCUCACUCAGACAUGCACACUCACUCAGACAUGCACACUCACUCACACUCACACACA